AUUGUCAUUUCUUACUACCAACCAUGAAGUUAUUCAUUUUAUUUGUAAUUCUUAUAAAUUUUUCUUUUAUUUUUGCCAUUGAACCAGUUGUUAUUGUUCAUGGUGGGGCUGGAAGUGUUGCAGAGUCAAGAUUUCCAGGAAAAUAUCGUGGAACUAUACUUGCUGCUAAGGUUGGGUAUAAUGUUUUAAAGGAAACUGGAAGUGUCUUAGAUGCAGUGGAGCAUGCUGUGAGAAGCAUGGAAUUAGACGAUGAUUUUAAUGCCGGUUAUGGAUCUGUCUUAACAAGAGAUGGUGAAGUUCAAAUGGAUGCUUGUAUAAUGGAUGGACGAACUAUGGACGUUGGAUCGGGCACAGGGGUUCAAGAUAUUUAUCAUCCAAUCACUUUAGCUCGUCGUGUCAUGGAAAAAACGCAAUACAAUUUUCUAGGCGCAACAGGUGCUAUGGAACUUGCCAAAUCAGAAGGAUUUUGGUUUCUUCCUAAAGAUGCAUUAGUCUCAGAUUUUGCUCGGGAUGGAUUAGAGAGAUGGAAGCAAAAUCAGUUAAUAAAUGCAACAGGAAAAGUUGAUAUUGGAGAAGGAAAUACUGUUGGUGCAGUAGCAAUCGAUGAAUUUGGAAAUAUCGCAGCAGCAACAUCAACAGGUGGUAUAACAGGAAAAAUGUCGGGUCGGAUUGGAGAUGCACCAAUGGUAGGAGCGGGAACUUAUAGUGACAAUAACUUGGCUGGAUUAUCAGCUACUGGUGAAGGAGAAGUGAUAAUGAAAGCAGUUCUUGUUUUUGACAUAUUAAAGAGAAUGGAAUAUUUAGGAGAAGAUAUUCAAACAGCAUCGAAAAUUGCGUGCGAUGAAAUGACUGCCAAGUUUAACGGAGAUGGUGGUGUCAUAGCAAUUGAUAAAAAUGUUCAUGGUGGUGCUGGUGACAUUCCAAUGUCAAGAGUGCAUGGAAAACUCAGAGGAGUGAAGCAAGCUGCUCAACUAGGAUUCUACGUUCUUAAUCAAACUGGUAGCGCAAUGGAUGCAGUGGAAGCGGCAGUGAAACACAUGGAAAUUGAUGAUUUCUUUAAUGCCGGAUAUGGUGCAGUAGUUACAACUGAAGGAACAGUUGAAUUGGAAGCAAGUGUAAUGGAUGGGAAUACAUUAAAAGCUGGUUGUGUUGCAGGGGUCAUUGACAUUAUGCACCCGAUAUCAGUAGCACGACGAGUCAUGGAAAAAACUCCACACAACUUUUUAGGCUUUCAUGGAGCUAAUCAAUUUAUUAAGCAGCAAGAAUUUGAAGUUCUUAAGCCUGGUUCGCUGGUUACAGAUUACGCACGUGAAGCAUUAGAAGAGUGGAAGGAAUGUCAAAGAUCAGGUGGACUUAAAUUUGCAAAGACCGAAAUUGGACGUCGACAUGAUGAGAAAAGUGAUACUGUUGGUGCAGUAGCAAUUGAUAGAAAUGGAAAUAUUGCUGUGGCAACAUCGACUGGUGGCAUUACUGGAAAACUUCCUGGUCGCAUCGGUGAUACGCCAGUAAUCGGAGGUGGCACUUAUUGUGAUAAUCGUUCUGGAGGUGUUUCCACAACAGGACAUGGCGAAACAAUCAUGAAAGCGUGUUUAGCACAUGAUAUAAUUAAACGUAUCGAAUAUUUGGGUGAAGAUGCGCAAACUGCAACUGAAAAAGCAUGUAAAAAUAUGACUGAACGUUUCAUAGGCACUGGAGGUGCAAUCACGAUUGAUAAAAAUUAUAAUGUUGGAAUAUCUUUCACUUCAAGACGAAUGGCUUGGGCUUAUCAGAAGAAUGAUCAAAUCCAUUACGGUAUUGAAAGAGAUGAUCAUAUGCAAGAAACUUUGCAUCUCAGUGAUCAUCAUUUCAAUAAAGAGAAGUGUGAUGAAGAUACUUUGUCACAAAUGAGAGGAAAAGCACGAAGAUUUGCAUUAGUGGAGCCAUGUCUGAUAGUUCAUGGCGGUGCAGGAACAAUUCCAGCAAGUCGAGAGGCUGGAAAAGUUAAAGGUGUAAAGAAAGCAGCAUGUGAUGGCUACAAAACACUUAUCGAGACUGAGAGUGCAAUUCAAGCAGUUGAAAAAGCAGUCAAUGUGAUGGAAUUAGAUGAAUAUUUUAAUGCUGGAUAUGGAUCUGUCUUAACAAGUGAUGGAAUUGUAGAAAUGGAUGCAAGCAUCAUGUGUGGAAGAACUUUAAACUUUGGUUGUGUCAGUCUUGUCACUGAUAUUCUUUACCCAAUUUCUCUAGCACGAAUUGUCAUGCGAAAAUCAAAAUACAAAUUCUUAUCAGAAGAAGGUGCCAGAAACUUUGCAAGACGACAUGGAGUUGGUAUUUUACAUCCACCAGGUCAACUUAAGACUGACUACACAACCGAUUUUAUGCAAAACUUUAUAAAUCUUCAGCAUUUAGCAAGCAGUAAUGGAAGAAAUCAAGAGAAAAUUUUCGAAGCUGUAGGAGAAACUGGAACUGUGGGGGCGGUAGCAAUAGAUUUAUUGGGAAAUAUAGCCGUUGCUACGAGUACUGGUGGGAUAGGAGGAAAACUUCAUGGUCGUAUAGGCGACACUCCAAUUAUUGGAUGUGGAACGUAUUGUGACAAUAAAUUUGGUGGAAUUUCUUCAACUGGCCAUGGAGAUAUUUUAAUGCGAGCAUGUUUAGCACAUGAUGUAAUUAAACGAAUGGAAUAUCUUAAUGAAAACAUUCAAAUAGCAUCACAAAAUGCAAGUAAGAACAUGCUAACAGAUUUCAAAGGAACUGGUGGUGUUGUGGAAUUAGAUUGUAAAGGAAAUGUUUCAGUUUUUUUUACAUCACAACGAAUGGCUUGGGCUUAUCAGGAAGAGUUAUCACUUCAUUAUGGCAUCAAGAAAAAUGACCAUUUCGAACAGAAUAUUGACGAUUACAUUGAUUUAGAAUACGAAGAAUGA